GUCGAUGCAGUUGAUUAAUCACAUCCUCCGAACGGGGACUGUCAUUUUCUUUUCCAUCACCUGCAAACGGGAGUAACAUUUGUGUUUAGUGAAAUAAAACCAAUUUCUCGUGUGAAUCCAUUAGUUGUUAAUUGCCAAUGAGCGAUUAUUCGAAACAUUAGUGCAGAAUUGUGUGUAAAUGUUACCAAAAACUGCUAAAAUGCCUGCGAUCCGUGACAGUCACGUAGUGAAGAUUGCGGUCGAGUUCGAAACCGGAAUUCCGCAGCUAAUCGAGUUCGAUCAAAGACAACCGCUGGCUACGAUUAUUCAGAAUUUGUGUUCUUUUUGGGUAAUUCAAGAUCCGGAAAGUUAUGCCUUACGGUUUACCGAUGUAAACAACAAUUAUGUGACGGAGAAGAAUAGACACGAUGUGAAAAAUGGGUCAGUCCUUAAAAUGGUUUACUCCCCUUCAAAGACGGCUAAUGAUAUUCUGGAAAAACUACAAGGAGGAAAGAGUGACGAAAUGGUGAAAGUUUUGCAAGAGCUUCCUGGGUUAAGCGCGGAUAUUACCUUUGCGCUUGAGUUUAUCAAAGAACAAGGGCUUAGUUUGAUCAUUGGAAUAAUUGAAGAUCUUGCUUGGAAGGACGGAGGAAACAUUUUGAAAUUUGCCUUGUCUUCUUUUGUUGAAUUAAUGGAUCAUGGCACCGUGUCCUGGGAUAUCCUGCAACCUGCCUUUAUAUCAAGAAAUAUCUCGUUUAUUAAUGGGAACAGUAACAAAGAAAUUGUGCAAUCAGCAUUGGCAAUUCUGGAAAACAUUGUUCAGAAUAGUAGCAAAUUUUCGCUGGUUGAAAAGGAUGUUACCCUAGAGGUGCUACUGAAAUUGCUGCAGGAUUCUCCAUCUACAGUGAUUCAACAGAACACAAUCGCCCUCAUCAAUGCCCUUUUUCUCAAGGCAGAUGACGGCAAGCGAAAGACAAUUGCUGCUACAUUCAGCUCGAAACAAUAUCGAAGUAUCAUCAACAGCGUUAUAACUGCCAACAUGGGAGCGGAAAUAUCCCAUCAGUUAUAUGUGCUGCAGACUCUUACUCUUGGAUUGUUAGAUCAGCGUAUGAAAACUCCUAUUGAUGUACAAGACCAAGACGCUCAGGAAAAAAUCAAGGAACUACGUAGAAUCGCUUUUGAAGCCGAUGGUAUCGAACCAAUUCCUGAAGUAACCGCCCGUCGUCAACAUGGGGGAUCCUAUUCGGUUCACUAUAAAAAGCUUGGGUUCAAGUGCGAUAUUAAUCCAGCACAGGAUUUCUUGGAAACUCCUCCUGGAGUGCUAGCCCUAGACUGCAUGGUUUAUUUCGCUCGAAACUAUACCCAGAACUACACCAAGGUUGUGCACGAAAAUAGUUGCCGCGCAGACGAACAUGAAUGUCCUUUUGGUCGUACCAGUAUCGAACUGGUCAAAGUUUUGUGUGACAUUUUACGAAUUGGAGAGUCACCAUCGGAACAUGGUCAGGAGUUCCAUCCAAUGUUCUUCACACAUGAUCAUCCAUUCGAAGAAUUCUUUUGCAUAUGUAUCGUAGUGUUGAAUAAAACAUGGAAGGACAUGCGUGCUACAACUGAGGACUUUGUAAAAGUUUUCAGUGUGGUCCGCGAACAGAUUACACGCAGCAUCACCGGACGGCCCGCUUCUCUUGAAGAUUUCAAGGCCAAAAUACACACAUUUACCUAUAACACUAUCACCACUCUGCGCCAGCAGGAACGAACAUCCCGCGAGGAAUGUGAAUCAACUGCCUCGGCAAUUGUCUCUCUCAAGGAAAAAAUUACUCCGGAAAUUAUGUCUCUCAUUAAGGAACAACGUCUCGGCUACCUAGUGGUCGGAACGCGAUUCUCCAAAUACAGCGGCGGUAAACGGGAAAGGGACAAGUACUGGUACGCUCGCCUCUCACCGAACCACAAGGUCAUCCACUACGGUGACUGUGACGAGAAAACAGUUCCCACCCUGGAAGAACUAAACAAUAAACUGCCAGUCAUCGACAUCCGCCAGAUGCUGGUCGGUAAGGAAUGUCCCCAUAUGAAGGAAAUGCGUGCCAAAAAAUCAACCUUUCCGCUCGGAUUUUCACUGGUGACGGAAUCCAGUGACCAGCAAACGUUGGACUUUGUUGCUCCGGAUGAGGCAACCUUCAACUACUGGACCGACGGAAUCAAUGCUCUGCUGGGUCAACCGAUGGUCAGCAAGCAGAAGGACGACGACUUCGAGACACUGCUUUCGAUGGAGAUUAAACUGCGCCUGCUGGACACCGAGGGGGUCGACAUUUCCAAGGAUCCACCGCCGAUCCCGCCGGAACCGGAGAACUACGAUUUUUGCUUUGAUAGUUAAGGUAUUCGUGUUGAUUUUUUAGUUUGCAUUUUCUUCGAUUUAUUUUCUUUUAAAGGGACGAUUAUAGUACUAGGUAUACAACGUGUUUGAUGUCUAUUUCUUUAUCAAUUGAUACCAAAGCUGUUUUCUAAACCAGAUGUUUUAUAUAAUUUUUCUCAAUAUAUUUCAGUAUUCUUUCUAAAUUAUCGAUGAGGUAAAAGAAUGUGUCUAAUAGUCGCGAUAGUGAAUUUUAACGCUUGAAAAACGCCAAUUUUAUUAAUCUGUAAUUGUAUACAUUUCAUAUCAGAAUUCCAUAUUGUUUUACUAUAAUUAAAUAAUUUGUUUAUGAAAUUUUGUAAUAAGUUUGAAGCAAACAAACAUUUCUUUUCAUUGAACCGGUAAUUUGUUCAACAAACUGAUUCGAUGAAAGCGCAUACGGUGCCUAGUUUUACUGUAUAUAUCAUGCGUCUUCACGAAAAUUGUAUUCUUGGCUUAUCUGGCAAGUUUUCCACAGUGAGUAUCUACCAGAUCGUGGUCCGGUGGAGCGGCGACGUGGAUUAUGGCGAUUUGAUGUCGACCUUUGUCAUAGACGAGUAUAUCUGGGCGGUUGUGGUCUAGGAAUUGGUCGAAUAGAACAGUUCGAUCCCGGUACAGCUUGAAGACCUCGUUGCAGCACCAAUUGCUGAUGCAAAAUCUUAGUCUUGGUGUUAAAUAUACAUCCUGCAAUUCCUAUCCUGGAUGGCUAUCAUGUCGGUGUCGAUCAUUGAAGAGAGUUUAUCUCGUUUGAGCAGUCACCGGCUCCUCCAGCUGGAACUGGGGGGCAGCGUGCACAGCGUUCUGCUUCCACCCUGCAAUCUUCUCCUCGGCAGUUUGCAGAUUACAGUUAAGGUUGUAUUUCGCUUGCGAUAGGUAAGGUGCGUUAUAGUUGCCAUGCGCAGCAUAAAUUGCUUGAUAUACUCCAUGUAUGUUGGCAUUUUCCACAAAGUAUUCUCGCAGACGAAAUGGUGAAAGUUUUGCAAGAGCUUCCUGGGUUAAGCGCCGAUAUUACCUUUGCGCUGGAGUUUAUCAAAGAACAAGGGCUUAGUUUGAUCAUUGGAAUAAUUGAAGAUCUAGCUUGGAAGGACGGAGGAAACAUCACACUUGGGCUGCGCAUAGUGCUUGGAUGUCGACUAUUCCUUGUCCUCUUCAUUCCAUGGUAAUGUGAUUCUUUCCAGCUCCGACAGAGGACGCUUGUGUAAAUGCCUUCUUCAAUCUUCUCUCGAGAUCUUCCUGGUCACCGGCUCCAUUUGAUGACGCCGAAACUAGGUCAACAUGGGGACAGCAAACGUGACCUUAUUCCCCGCGUUCAGGAAAGACUUCAAAACACAGUUCACUCGACUCGAAAGCUUAUCUCGGAGCUCAAGUUUCACGUUAGUGUGGUGAAUCCCGGGGAGCUGUCAGAAUCCGAUAUACUUAUACGAUUCGUCACUAACCAUGUCCCUAAUCAUCUUGCCUUCGUCGAUUUCGUAGCCACCAGUGUCGACCAAUCGCCCUGAUAGUAGCUUAAUAUUUCUCUAGACCAAACUCCAUGUCGAUAUCGCUACGAAUCCCUUCGACUAGUUUGAUGACUACACCAAAUCGUUUAGUCGAGUCAGAAUAGAUUUUAUACAAGGUAUAAGUCCCGUCUUCUGGUAAGCUUUCUCCAUACUUUAUGCCUUAUUGUAAACGAUAUUCGCUAUACUAAAAUUCCGUUGGGCAUACACCGCUUGUCCAACAAUGACUGUAUCGAUUAUCGCUUGAUCAUCGCCACCAUGUCUGUUUUUCUUGCAUCCCUUUUGCUCCUCUGUCUGGACGCUAUUCUGCUCACAAAGGUGCCAUACGUAUUUGGGGAUAAUGGUACUCAGGAUCUUAGACAAACUUAAUUGAUAGGUAAUUAGUUUCUGUCCUUGGAAAGGGGAAUUGUGGUACCACGGUGUUAUGGGCCAUGUUCGUAGGUAACCAAUAAAGAGGAUUACACGACCCAUACGUUAAAAUAUUCUUUAUUUCAAGCUGUUGAAGCGAACAAAUAGAAUAGUAAAACGCGUGUUACUGCUAGUACAUUAUACCUUAUUCUGACACCGUAAUCGCAGUUCCUCUUGGGUUGUAGGAAUGUCCACGUUUCCAACAUCACCCCUCCUAAUACAGCUGAUAGCUAAUAGGGAUCGAACCCUUGCGGAGCUCUUCGAACACGUGAAGAACGCCUAGGUAUCUGAACAGCUCAGUCGGCUUCAAUUGCAGACAUAAAUAUUCUUAUGUCGAACUUGGCGAUGUUGAAGAUGAAGAAGACGAUACUGAUAACUGUGAUGAUGACUCCAAUGACAAGGUUGGCCUUUUCACCAGGGUGUUUGAUAUUGACGAUGGUUUCAAACUAGAGUAACUUGGAAGAGGCGCUACUGGCGUUGAGUGUGCUAAUGGAUCUGUUGUGCAACAAACCGAAAGAUUCCAAACAUCAAGUAGAAUGUUGAGUGGCAGUUUCGUGCGUCCCAUUCAACGCGAUCUCGAAGCUGGUUAACAUGGUCUAUUGGUCAACUGAACCUUGUACAUUGCACAACCUACACGUUCCAAUACUGUUCCUGGAGUCCAGUGCUAUUGGUUCUUAACGAAGACUUUUGCGUUCAACGGAUGUUUGGCCUUGUAUUCAUGCUUUAAGAGUCUGCUCUGACUUGGCUUUUCAAAUUGCACGGGAUCUGGUGGAGGACGAAGUAGAACUAAACUGGUCCAGAUCGGACGACCAAGUAUGACUUCUACUGCUAAUUUCCUAUCCGAAGAAGAAAAACAAGGUGUACUCCGUUAAGUCAGCAGAAAUGUACUGAAUGCUUCUCGCAUUGUCGGUCUUCCCUGCUUAAUCUUCUUAAUCGAUCUUUUGACCGUAUCCACAAACCGCUCGACUUGUCCGCUCAAUUUUGGGUGAAAUUGCGCUAUUGUGAGAUGCUCGAUAUCGUUGUCCGGAUUGAAAUUCUGCCUUGGUAAGCUGUGCGCCGUUGUCGCUCACCAGUGUCCCUGGCAUUUCCAAGCAUGCGAACAGUUGUCUCAGGAUUUUUACUGUGGUGGCUAUAGUGAUGCUAUGAGUCUGCACAAUCUCAGGCCACUUCGAAAAAGAAUCCAUGGCGAACGAGUAGCAUUCUUCUGAAUCAGUAAUGGUCUCAGACCAACCGUCAAUUAGAUAUCGAUGAACUGCUUUGGCGAUAGGAUCGGAUUGUGUACUGUUGUACGAUCCUAAAACUCAGAGGGAGAACGAUUAGUGUAACUGACCUUAAGUCAUUCUCUAAAGCAGUGAUUCUCAACCUGGGGUCCGCAGAGCCCCCAGGAGCCGUGAUGACGUUGCUGGCGGUUCCACGAAUAAAAAUAUAUUUUUCGAGUGCAGAUUGAAAUUUUAUGUUUUAUUUUCUACAAAACUGCAAAUAACAUAUUGUUAGCAUUUACAAUCAAUGUUUAUCCGUGGAGGUCAACAGCAACCUAGGGUGAUUUCUAAGGGGUCCGUUGUACGCAAAAGGCUGAGAACCGCUGUGCUGGAUGAUCAGACGAGGAAGUAUGUCAGCACUGCCGAAUUUCGCUGCCGGGACGUAUUCGAUGAUGAAUUCAUAAGGCAAUAGCGUAAAAGCCCAAAAUUAUAAUCAGUUCUUUGUACAAACGGGAAUUCGACACGUAAGAUAACUGCAUCUAUUUCAGCGCUAUUCUAAUAAAAAUGAC